AGCAACAGGACUCUGCUACUGUCUCCUACAAUUACCUCCCUGAAAAUAACCUUGUCACAUAAUUUAUUAACCACCUUCCGCCCGCCCUAUAGUACACAUUGUCACUGCGCAUGCGCGGCUCAGGGAGCGCGCAGCGCGGCGAUCGCUGGUCCGCUGUGUCCCUCGGACACAACAGUGCUUAACAGUGCCAGUCAGUGCCGCCUAACAGUGCCAGUCAGUGCUGCCUAUCAGCGCAGCCUAUCAGUGCCAUAUAUCAGUGUCAUGUAUCAGUGCUGCCUUUCAGUGCCCAUCAGUGAUGCCUGUCAAUGCCCAUCAGUG